UCUUUUCACAAAGUAAACGUUCAACUUUCUUUAUAUCUCCUCCUGGUCUUGGAGAAUUGAUGCAAAUACAAACUCUGAUUCUUGGGACUUUUGUCUGCAAGAAGAUCAUUGUUGAUGUUUCUCUGAUCAUAUGGAUGUCUGAAUGGAUUUCUCAUUGAAGAUGUGAAAAGUUGAGUGGAUGUUUGUACUAUGCCUUACUCCUUUGUUCUGUUUUUCCAAUGAAGAUGUAAAAGACAUUAGUGACCAUAUUGCUGUUUCCUCCACAUUUCUCAUAGGCAGUCUUCUCUUCUGAUUCUUGGAAAUAAGUAUUGAAAUGGUCUCUCAUGUUUGACAUGUUUUUCUCUACUUGGACUGUAGACACAGGACUUCACUCUUGGAGGUAGACAACAACUUCUUAUCAUUACCUCAAUUCACAAAAGACAAGUACAAAACAUGGAGAUUAAGAAUGUAGUUAGCCACAUUGUUCUCCCAUUUCUUCCUGCAAAAACCCUUGUAAGAUUCCGGUCGGUCUCCAAGGAUUGGGAUCUUCGGAUUAGAAGUCCCUUUUUAGCGCACCAGCAGAGUUACUUCUUCAACGACUUAUCCGGUUUCUUUUGCCAGCACUACAAUCGCAACCCGACUUUCUUAACUCUAGACGAUCAUGCUUAUGGAGUUCCCACGCCUGCUCUUACGUUCCUGCCUGAACCUGUCGACAUCAUAAGUUCUUGCAGCGGCUUGUUGCUCUGCCAAGAGCGUGCUAGAAAGAAUUCUUAUUACAUCUGCAACCCUGCGACUGAGGAGUGGAGGGAGCUGCCUCAACCUGAACUGUAUCAUGGGAUUGAGGCAGCAACCAUCCUUGCAUUUGAGCCUUCUCCCCUCAAUAUGUCUGCAGAUUAUCACUUGAUUUCAGCAGUCCCAAUGCUGGACCAGCCUGUCAUUCUCUUUGAACUAUACACCUCUGAAACGAGGUCGUGGAGGGUUUUAGCCACUAUAUUCGUAGAAUCAGGAGAUUUGAGUUUCACGGGUAGUCGGUUCUACAUGAACGGAAUUGCUUACUGGGGGACAACUGCAGGAAAAGUGCUGGCUUUUGGUCUAAAGAACGAGGUGUACGAGGUUAUUUCACUACCACCUGACGCUCCUACCGGAGGCAUCUUGAGUCAAAUUCAAGGGGAGUUAUGCUACAUCAGUGCUUCUAUCUUCUCGGGCAAUUGUUCGAUAAAGAUCUAUGCUGGAAUGGACUUGAGGUUGAUACAUGUAACGGAUGUGACAUUGGAACAGGUGCCGGACCGGUUUCCGUGGUACCGGGUGCUGCCGUGUCUUGAGGGCAGCGUUGUAAUGAUUCUGGUGGAGGGUUUGGUAUGUUCUUACAGGUUGAGUGAUGGGAAGAUUGAAGUGGUAGGAAUGGUUGGGGAGGGUGGUGGUGGAGACAACUACCUGCCUUAUGUGAAUAGUCUAGUCCGUGUGGCUUGAGAAACACAACAUGAGAUGUUCAGUUGUGUUUGAUUUUGUUUUCAUUUUAGAUUUUUCAGUUUUUAUGUAAAGAGAUACUUUUCGGUUUUUGUAAUGAUUUUUCUGUAGAAAUAAUACUAUACUUGGAAGUUGAUGUAGGCACGCAAAA